AUGGCCAAACCGACCAACGAAGGAAGCUCGGUCAAGCAAGCUGACGAUAGAAGCUCGCCACGCCCGGCUGAAGAAGAUGAUGCACCCCGGCUACCGGACGCAGUCCAGCAACGCCGCCCGAAGCGCAACAGAGUCUCUCUCAACCCCAAGGACAAUCAUUCGCAAUUGGCAGACCAAUUACAGCAGCUCCCAGAAGCUCUCAACGCGUGGAAAUGGUCCAUCCGAUUCCUCAAGCUGAUGCGAGACAAAUCUAAGGAAGCUCUCGAUACCUUCACAGUCCGUGACAAGGAAGCAUGUGAAGCCUUGGAAGAUCUCCUUUCCACGUCUGUGCUCAUCAAAUCAGCCUACGCGAACGGCAGCAAUGUGUACACGGAUGUAUACCUCUUCUGCGAGCGCCUGCGAAUGUACAAGGAUCUCGACUCCUACGCCUUGUCGCAGCACUAUAUGUCUUUCCUUGCCGGCGGAGCUCUACAGUGGUUCAUGAAUGAACUUUCCAUCGAGCAGAAGGAUCGCCUUAUGAAGUCAUCAGUAGAGCGUUUCUGUAAAAUGCUCAUCAAGCGAUUCCAACGCCCAGCAGCAGAGGUCUCCAAGGAAUUACACGGCAUUCCGUAUACCGUGUCAAUGUGGAAUGCUGGUGAAGUCUCCUUGCCUCAAUGGAUUCAACCAAUCCACCAUUGCAAGGGAUCUUCGACUUCCGAAUCAGCCUUGUUAUUCCUAGCCAUGAACUCGUCGAGCUCAGAAGUUAGUCUCGCUCUUUCCUCCUUCCUUGCCGGACGCCGCAAGCUCAGCCAGCAUCUGUCGGCGUUUGCGAGCUUCCUGGAGUGGGUCAAGGGCGACGAGAUCAUCGCCAGCCUUAUCAGCGACGACUUCUCCUAG